AUGCCUCAACUAGACACUACAACAUGAUCCAUUACAAUUAUAUCCAUGAUCCUGACCCUCUUUGUCCUAUUCCAAUUAAAAAUCUCUAAACACUACUACCCACACGACGCAGAGACCUCAACAAAAACACACCACAAAACACUCACCCCCUGAGAAAAAAAAUGAACGAAAAUCUAUUCACCUCUUUCAUUACCCCAGUGAUAA